UUACACCGUGCUGUGGAGGGUGUGAUUCUGCCUUUCUUCACUUGCAUUUUGUGUCUUCUGUUGAACUCUCUGCCCCAGCUGUGGUGGCUCCCUUUCCCAAAGGAACUUCUCAGACGAGAAAACCCCUCAGAAUGACAGAUCACUUUGCUGGUGUUGCAAUCAGAGACUGAGAACCAGGAUAUUUUUUGGAAGAUGAGUCGAAGAUGCUCCAUUGGUAGCAAGCGUUGGAAACUGGGAUUUGCAAGAUGCAAAUAAGAUGAUCCUGAGUGUUUACAGUAAGAUCUCAAGCAGUGCCUAACCUACUGCCCAACAACAUCACUUUGGAUUCAGAAUGAAUAGGACCAUCGCUUUUGAUACAGUACCUCCACUUCAAGGAAACUGGAGUUUUCCCUAUCACAGCAUUGUACUCUGUAGGAAUACAACAAAUAUUACUAUAUUUUUAGUCACUUCAUAUGGUCUGGAGACUCUGGUAGGUGUUCUAGGAAAUGUAUAUUUUAUUUGUGUCCUCGUGAAACAUAAAGAGAAAACUAUUGUCACAAAUAUAUUUAUUACUAAUCUGGUUGCUUCAGAUUUGAUCAUGUGCAUUUUCUGCCUGCCUUUCACCAUUGUCACUGUCCUGCUGAACUACUGGCUCUUUGGUGAAGCCAUGUGCAGAAUGACCUCAUUCAUCCAAUGUGGUUCUAUGACGGUAUCUGUCCUGUCCCUAGUGCUAAUUGCUGUGGAAAGGCACCAGCUCAUUAUAAAUCCAACUCGUUGGAGACCCACCCUCUCCCAAGCCUAUCUGGGCAUUGCAGUUAUUUGGAUGUUUGCCAGUCUCUUGUCUCUGCCUUUCUUGACAAACUCAACCUUAAGCCAUGUAUUGUUUGAACAGUUCUAUAUCGUGGAUCCUUAUGCAAGCAAAGCUAUUUGUAUGUAUUCAUGGCCUUCAGAAGAGUAUAGGCUUACCUAUGCUACACUUUUGCUUUUGCUACAGUACUGCAUUCCUCUUCUCAUUAUCGGGGUUUGUUAUCUGCGCAUAUAUUUAUAUCUCCAGAAGAGAGAAGGCAUAUUUGAGAAGCCAAGAAGGAGGCCUAUAACAACAACCAAGGAGUUUCACAAGGAAAGGUUGAUGAACUGAUUAAGAACAAUUAGCAGACCAUUCAAAGGGAAAUGGCUGUCACCUUGGGGUUUCACAGGGACAUGUAGUUCAUAUUACUGAUGUUCUUCAAUACUGGAAACUUUCAAACAUCAAUUAAGCAGAAUUCAGAAGCACAAGAAGGAAAUCUUUUUGAAAUACGACAACACUAGGCCUUCCACCAUCUUACUGCACCUCCCUUACAGUCCAGACUUGGCUUCAUGCAAGUUCCAUCUUUUUCCAAAAUUGAAGGAAUAACUUGGUGGGGAUCUGUCUGAUAAAUAUGGCAUACUGUAAAGAAGUGGAAAGGACUGUCAGGACCUGGUUAAGGAGACAAACUGUGAAGCUCUUUUGUGAUGGUUUUACAAUUUUCCAUCAUUGGUGAAGUCUGUAGCAAAUGGUGGUUAUUAUGUAGAGAAGUAAAUACGAGUAACAAGAGAACUCAUUUCAAGGAUUAUUUUCCUGUUUCAUUUAUUAAAAUAUCCCUAUUUAAAAUAAAAUUAUGGAGAUGGAAGCAUUAUUUUUCAUUCAAUUCUCAUAUCAAUGAUACAGAGACAUUCAGGAAAAUAAACAAACUCUCCCCACCCAAUAUCUGGUGUGGGUCAUCCAUCAAUCAAUUCAGUUGCAGUACCAUCUCCAGCUGAAAACCUGAUUGAAAUUGGUGAAAAAAUUAGUAUCAUUCAGAUGAAUCUGAAACUGCAAGACCACUAUCACCCCAAUCAACCUUCCCAGGAAUGGAGCAUUCAAUUUCCUAGGUCUAGGAGGGUUUCUUUGGAAAAAAAAUUGCAUUACUUUGGGUAGGGAGAAACACAUACAGUAUUUCUGCAAGGAGGCACUAAUCACCUCCUUUAUCCAAGGGGCCACUCCCAGGGUCCAGUAAGCAUGGGGUGGCUCUCAUCUCUUCACACUGUCCUCCUGUCCUGUCCUCAUCCAUGUC